UCAGAUUUUAAUUGGUGUAGAACGUAGUUUCACACAAGUUGGAGUCGAAGUGAAACUUUUUAUUCAAAAUGGAUCCAUGUCUGUCCAAGAAAAUAACAAAAAAUUGUGAAUUUAUCGAACAUAAUCUCGUCCGCUUGUCUAAGGUUGUAGACAAAUUGAUGGAGGAUGACGUCCUAACACUUGUGGACAAGACAAACAUUCUAUCAGCAUCGUCAAAGGAAACACAAAUCAAUAUCUUACUUGAGAAACUGAUCACUGUUGGAGGCACAGCUUUUACCUCUUUUGUAGAAUCGUUGAAUGCCACGGGAAAUGAACGUAUUGCAGAUCAAAUACUACAGACAGAUUCAUCCGAUGACACAGCUAUGUCUGUCCUCUCACGAGAAGAGACUUCGUUCAGUGAUAGCACGUCUGGUGACUUCCGAGAAGAUGAAAUCCUGCACCUUUAUAAAGAAAAACAGAUGUAUAAAGUCAAGCUGUCAGACAUGACAACUAAUUACAAACAGCUCCAGUCAGAACUUACCGUCAGGGAACACAAAAUAGAAUGCUUGAACAAAGAGAUCCAUAAACUACAGAUCGACCUUGAGGAGAACAGGAAGGGGUUGUCGGAGAACAGUCUCGAUGCUUCGGAAGGUGACAUUUUCCGCAGGAUGAAUACUGGCGCUAAUACUAGGGAGCUGAUGAGAAAGGUACGUGACCUGCAGUUAGCGUUAGAUGAAAAAGAAGAAACAGUUAACAACAUACAAAAGGAUUUAAAUUACUACAGAAGUCAGCUCGACAUUGUAGAGAAACAAGUGAAGAAACAAAAGGACGAAAACAGUGAAAAAGAUACUAGAAUCAUGAUACUUAGAAAUCAGGUAGGGAAACUCCAGAACUACCUACAAGCUAGUAGACAGAACCUAUCACGGAUCAAUAACGAACAAAAACGGAUCAUGGAUCAGUGGAACAAAGAACAACUAGAACGCUUCAAGGAGAUAGAAAAUAAGAUGGAGGGCGGGAAGAAAGACAACUCCAAACGAUUUAAUACACUGGAAGACAAGAUUGAUAUCUUGAUAAAGAUGAUGUCAGCGCAGGGGCCAGCAUUGCCGAAUUUAGUUAAGAGUGUUGAAAAAAGCAAACCUCCCUUGAAAACUCACAAGGAUUCCUACGGAAGAAAAGGGAAAACAAAUCGAUAUAAAAACUGAAUCAACUGUCGAAAUAGGGACAUCAAAUCCUUAACCGAUGGUAUUUGUCAAGAAUUUGUUUUCAUUUGUUGAAUUGUUUUUUAAUUUGUUUGUUUGUUUUUUUGUUUCUGUUUUUUUCUCAAUUACAAGUUUGUGUCAUCUACAAUUUUAAUGAAUAUAAUUAUUACAUUUGCCGGUACUUUUUAUUAAAACUUAGAAUUAAACAUUGCUAAUUUUGUUGAUUUUUUAUAUACUAUUAAUAAAAGUGAACAUUA